AAGGAACAACGAUAGACAUUGUUCUCUCUCCGCUCGCGAAAAAGCCGCCCGCUGAUCCGAAAAGAAAAGAAAGCGCGAGAGCGUCGUUGUCGUUACUUAUUGUUCGCGCCUGAGCUCUUACAGACGCAUCUCUCCAAGUUUAUCCCGCGCUAAGAUAAGUACGACUCUCGAGAUCGAAGAGAAGAAGAAGAGACGAGCUGCAUUAAGAAUAUCGCCCUAGAAGAGCAGAGAUAUAAUCGGCCCGAAGAUGGAAGUCGCCGCGACCGCAGCAGCCGAGUACCCGAGGGUGAACAGCAGCUACGAGGACGAGGAGGAGAAGAAGCACUUUCAGCGGAUCGUCUCCGCGUUCAAGUACUACAAACCUCAUUCACUGCAGCGGGUGAAGAAAACUGAGCGAUAUCUUCUCAGUCUACCACCACACCACCAGAAGCUAUUGAGCAAGUACAGAGAACAUUUGCAGGAGGUCAAAAGGUGUAUAGAAAAUAAUGAUGAUAUAAUCAAACUCAUAAUUAAGGAUGUGGCACACAUCUUUGAAAAUGUCACCCCUGCAAGCUCAGCAACCGACAGUGUAAGACCAGUUUCUAUGGCUCUUGCUCACCGUCCCAUCAUGGCAGAUCAAGAAAAAGUUCAAGCUACGAUAAAGCAACUGGUACGAGAUUGGAGCACAGAAGGGAUAGAAGAAAGGAGGACUUGUUACCAGCCAAUCAUUGACGAAAUCCUGAAUCAGUUUCCUCUGGAGCAUUGUACACCAGCGGAAAUCCAAAUUCUCGUACCUGGAGCUGGACUUGGGAGGCUUGCUUACGAAAUCGCGAGGAGGGGCUACACUUGCCAAGGAAAUGAGUUCUCGCUCUUCAUGCUCUUCGCGUCCCACUUUGUACUGAACAAAUGUAGGGGUAUCAACUCCUAUAAAGUGCACCCAUGGGUCCAUCAAUAUAUGAAUAAUUUGCAACCUGAACACCAAGUCCAGGAGGUUUACUUUCCGGAUGUAAAUCCCAGCGAUCUUCCCGAGAACGCGCAAUUUUCCAUGGCAGCUGGUGAUUUUCUGGAGGUUUACACAGAAGAAAAUCAUUGGGACUGUGUGGCCACGUGUUUUUUUAUCGACUGUGCAAACAACGUAGUUCAAUUUAUUGAAACGAUAUACAAAAUACUAAAACCAGGUGGCAUAUGGAUCAAUCUUGGUCCACUUUUGUAUCAUUUUAGUGAUAUGCCAAUGGAAGAAUCUAUUGAGCCGAGCUAUAGCGAAGUGCGUGACGUGAUUCGAGGUCUUGGCUUUCAAAUAGAGAAAGAGGAAACGCACGUUAAAACGCGAUAUGCACAAAAUGUGAAUAGCAUGUUACAAUAUGAAUAUAAUAGUGUCUACUUUGUUUGCCAAAAACCAAAAAGGCCAGGAAAACCAGAACCAAUGAAUCAGUCAAAUGGCUCUGAUAAUAAUGGACUAGGAGAAGAGCAAGAGAAUUAGUAGCUUGCAAGUUGGUUGUGUUUCACUCAUAAGGAAAAUUGAAGGAUACAUAUUUUUCGUCAUACCGCAUUAUUUUCGGUUUAGCUACUCUGGUUUCUUUAUUUUCAUGUUUUAAUUUAUAUUUGAAUUUAGUUAUUGAUUUCAAAUGCAUAAUUAACUUGAAGAGUUAAUCAUAUUUGAACUGAACAUUGUAAAGUACAAAUCUACCGGAAAAGAGCAUUGCCUUACUAUUUCCUUGGUAAGCCCUGUUGGGUUUAGCACAUAUUUGUGAUGUAGCAUAUUAAUUUCUGCAUUAUCGAUCGACAGUUAUAGAUGACAUGAAUUAUCUUUAUUGCAUUGAAGACACAGCUUUUAUUGAAGCUAAUAAGAUUUGUUUGUAUUAUAUAUGGCAAUACGUUGUAGUUAUUAUUUACAUAGACACAACUCUUCGUAAAAUAUUUUAUUGCUGACUUGAACUACGCGUUUUGAACGCAUACUAAUUAAAGAUAACAUGAUUGGACGUUCGCAAUUAAAACUAAUGGAAGUACAAACGGUGCGCAAUUGAAAAAUUCAGCACUCCUCCAGUAUUUGUAAAUUUAAAGAAAGCAUAAAAAUGAGCGUUAGAAAAUUCUUUUGAUACUGUCUUAAAAUUUUGCGAUCGAUGACGCAUUUUCAUGAGUAGUGCCUUCUGUAUACGUUCCCAUUUUAACGCCAAUAUUUUUUUCAUUUGAAUACGACAGAAAAAAAUAUCUGCGCUAUGUAUAAUAUUCCACGAAAAGUAAUGUAAUUUAAAAAAUAAAUAUGGCUUGCGAGAUCUACAAAAUAUCUGUUACAAUUGGGUUGAACUGUAGAGAGAAAUUUAAAAGUUAACUUAAAAUCAAAAAUGAUUCGCUUGUUCUUUUUAAAAAAAUCUAAAGCAGCAUAAAGCUUUUACUUUGUUCCCGAGCUUCCUAGAUCUACAGUUGCCCACACUAAAGUGCAGCAUAUUAAAAUGUAACUUAGACUAUCUGUAAUAUUGUAAUUAAUAUAAUUUUAUAUUUAAAACGUCACUCUGACUUGACCACUCAUUCUACCCAACGUGAUCUACUAGCUGAAUGAGCAGAAAGGCAUUGAAAAUAAAUAAAUAUCUUUAUUUUA